AUGAAAAACGACAAGUGGAAAGAUAUGCGCAGCACAUUGAGUCCAGCAUUUACUGGCAGUAGGCUACGUCAAAUGUUUGAGUUAAUCAAUCAGGUGGCCGAAGACAGUACAAACUAUUUGCACAAACUACAUUCCAAAGAAUCCUGCAAUGGUAUUGAGUUAAACUUAAAGGACUAUGCAACGCGUUUCACAAAUGAUGCCAUCGCAUCAACAGCUUUCGGCUUACAAGUGAACUCUUUUGAAGAAAAGGAUAAUACCUUCUAUAUGUUGGGAAGAAAGGCGACUUCGUUUUCAUUUUGGAUGAACUUAAGAUUACUGUUGAUCAUACAGUGCAAAGGCUUGGCAAAGCUUCUUCGAAUUGAGUUCGUUGACAAAAACUCAACUAAGUACUUCUGUCAACUAGUUCUAGAUGCUUUUAAAUAUCGCAAAGAACGAAAUAUUCGUCGGCCUGACAUAAUUAACUUGCUAAUGGAGGCCCGCGGUCUCUUUCCUACCGACUCGCCAAAGGCACAUAAUCGUGAAUGGACCGACACGGAAAUGGUGGCGCAGUGCUUCCUUUUCUUUUUCGGAGGUUUUGAAACUAUGGCGACACUGAUUUGUUUUGCAGCAUAUGAAUUAAUGGGGAAUCCGAUUGUACAAGAAAAACUGUUUGAAGAGGUUGAAGAAAUUAAUAAACGACGGGAAGGUAAAAGAUUGACAUAUGAAGAUUUACAAGGGAUGAAAUAUUUGGAAAUGGUUGUAAAUGAAACUUUGCGAAAAUGGCCACCCAUUAUAACACUCAAUCGAAUUUGUACAAAAGAUUUUCUAUUCGAAGCCGACGGCGAACGUAUGGAAAUAAAGAAAGGCGAGGUUAUUUUGGUGCCAGUGUCAGGUAUUCAUCGCGAUCCGCAGUACUAUCCAAAUCCAGAUAGUUUUGAUCCUGAACGCUUUAGUGCCGAGAACAAGGACCAAAUCAAACCAUUUACUUUUCUGCCUUUUGGAGAGGGACCACGUAACUGUAUUGCUUCACGCUUCGCUACGCUGGAAGCAAAGGCAAUACUCUAUUAUUUAGUGCGCGAUUUUCGCAUCACCGCUGCCAAAAGGACUGCAUUACCAAUCGAAUUGGAGAAAAACGGCUUACGUGUAGCGCCAAUAAAUGGUUUCUGGUUGAAGCUUAUCGCGCGAAAUAAGAUAUAA